GCAUGAGUGUGCAAGGGCGAUGACAUAUGAUCACGUGCUGACAAAUGCCAGUUACGUUUAGGUCACGAUAGGGUGAAAUAUCAUCCAAUACCAUGGUGGUGUCACAUGAAACGACCGGGGAGGUAUUAAAUAAUAGAAACAUUCGAAACGGCAUCAAUCUUUGAGCUCCGCAGAGGACUACGUUCUUGGUGCAACGUGUAGAUAUAUAUUUGUGGAAAAAUAUCGCUGGGCGUCAUACGUCUUGCACCAUGGCGGACGAUAUUUACUUCGACUAUCAACUAAGCGGCCGGCCCCAACGUAAGAAGACGAAGGAGCGUCUUUGGAGCGUUCUCAUCGCGUGCUUUGUGGCGGCGUUCGGUCCUUUCAGUUUUGGAUAUGGUAUGGGUUAUUCCUCCGCGGCAGUGACCCAGCUGGAAAACGCUAAUGCUACAGACCUACAUCUUGAUAAAGAGGGUAUCACCUGGUUUUCGUCUCUCCUCAAUAUUGGCGCCAUGUUGGGAGGUCCUCUUGGCGGAUGGAUGAUAGAUUUCUUCGGCCGUAAAAUCGCUCUCAUGCUUACGGCCCUCCCAUUCUCUGUUGGCUGGCUCAUGAUCGGCUUUGGAAAAGUGCCGGGCUUGCUUCACGCCGGAAGGUUUUUCUCUGGUGUUGGGGUGGGGUGUGCGUCACUCAUUGUGCCGGUCUACAUCUCCGAAACUGCCCCGAGUCGUUUUCGUGGCGCAUUCGGUGCCUUCAACCAAAUCGGGAUCGUCACAGGCAUUCUAAUGUCGUACGUAAUUGGUCACGAGCUGGACUGGCGUGGGUCCGCCAUUGCAGGUAUUGGGCCCCCUGCCGUCAUGGUGAUACUGAUGAUCUUUAUGCCAGAGACCGCUCGCUGGUUGCUGGCUCGCGGCAAGGAAGAGCGAGCCAAAAAAUCGUUGCUGUGGCUUCGAGGGCCAAAUUAUAAAAUUGAGAACGAGAUGGAUGAAAUAAGGGAGAGUCUCAAUUUUAGAGACAGGAUGUCAAUCAGAGAAUUCGCCAAACCCAGUCUCCUCAGGCCAUUCGCCAUCAGCAUGACCAUUCACUUCUUCCAACAGACAACAGGCAUCAAUGCUGUUAUGUUUUACUGCGCAACAAUCUUCCAGAAGGCUGGUUUCCAAGAGAACAGCACAGUAGUGUCCAUUCUGAUCGCCGUGAUCCAACUCUUUGCGGCGGCCGUGUCCAUUCUUAUGAUCGAUCGUGGCGGCAGACGCUUCCUCCUGAUCGUAGGCGGCCUAGGAAUGUGCUUCAGCUGCUUCACCCUGGGAGCCUACUUCUACUUGACCAUCAACGCCGUACCGACUCACGGGUGGGUCGAGUUUGAUAUCUCGUGGGUAGCCGUCACGAGUGUCGCGGUGUACAUCGUGGGAUUUGCCAUGUCAUGGGGUCCCUGCACCUGGUUGAUCAUGAGCGAGAUUUUCCCCGUCAAAGCCAGAGGAAUCGCUAGCGGCAUUGCGACUCUCUUCAACUGGUUCUGCUCGUUUGUUAUCACCAAAACGUUUGUCUUGCUCAUCGAUGAAUUCACAGAAGCUGGCACGUUCUGGUUCUACGGAAGUCUGGCGUUCCUCGCGGUCGUCUUUGUCUACGUAUAUCUCCCGGAAACCAAAGGCAAAUCGCUCGAAGAGAUUCAAAUUUAUUUCGAGAACAAAGUGCAGAAAAAUGCGACAAAACCUGCGCAGCCGAGUGAGGUCGACGACGGAGUAAUAGAAACCAGACUGUAAGGAAGAACAUUGCAAAAAGAUUACAAAGGCGUUGCACAACCGCACUGAAGUAUCUUCCCCUCACAGCCGAGAAUGCGUUAGAGCCUCGGGGUGGUAGGAACUCCCAUGUCAAAAAAAGGUCGGAGAUGCUCAUCGUAAACUGUGAAUUAAACCCUCAAAACGAAGGCGAUCUGUGCGUAGCUCGAGCUUUAUUUACCCCUGAAAGAUGCCACUUUAAAAAGGAGGUGACAGCGUUUUGUAGUUGUUUCCUCGAAGGCAAUCCUAAAAGUUACCUUGACAGCUGAAAAUAGUGGCGAGACGACGGGCAUCCCCGACCAUUUCACAUGAGCAUAAUCUAAUCAGAGGAAACGGAAAGAUCAUAUCAAUGAAAUAAUAAAAACAUGUGUAUAGAGCCAGUUUCCUUAAGAUUCAUAGGCGCUUGCAUAAAAACAAAAAAAGAUAACAAAACAACUAUAGAACUGUAGAAGUUAGGGUAAAACUUAUGAUAUUUUGAAUAGAAAAUUAGAAAAAACAUGAUCUAAGAAAACAGUUCUUAAGUGCUUUUUAAGGAGGAUUGUUUUAGGUGUAUUUUUAAAAACCUUCACUGACUGCUGUUUCUGAUCUCAGAUAAAGAGUGUUCCAUAGUGUUGGUGCUGCCAUAUUGAGAGUGAUCUAGCAUUUCAGUUAAAGGGGCUCAGUGACGGUAUUUUGGCCACGUACAAAAUAAUCUUUCAAUAGAAGGAAAUCCAGCUGGAAAUAGUGGUUUGCUAAGAUAGAAAAACACCCUAGAGAUAAUAAUAACCCAUAACGGAACAAGGAUGGUUAAGCGAUAACCUCGAUUGCAAACGAUUAAAUUGAAAAAUUUGGCUAAAUUUUUCAAGAUGCGCAAAACGUGACGUAGCUCCUUCAGAGUAGGUUUUUUGACGUUGAACACAGCGGAGAGAUUGAGUUAACCAGAAGAUAACGCAUUUAAGAGGGUGCCAGAUUGUAAAGUCGCCUCUAGAUGCAAAUUAGUAAAAUUAUCAAGAUGAUACGGUGUUUAGCAACUACGGCCAUUGAAGAGUGAUGUGCUCAUGUUUUCUUAAGAGGGUGAUAAGACAAGCUUGCUUUAACUUGUUGACCAAGCAGUUUAGACAAAUGGAAUAUAUUUUUGAAUGGUGAUUAUUUACUUGGCAUGUAGGAAAGAAUAGCACAUUUUGAAAAAUUCUUAGUUUUAAAGUUUUUCCGCUUCACUGCCGCUUCGACGUUUUGUAGUAUUACCAUACGCUGUAUUAUAAUUUAUUUGUAUUUACGUUUUUAGUCAGUGGACUUAAAUAGAUUAAUAUUUUGACUUGUAUCUAGACUGAAGACCCAAAAAAGUCUCGAACUCUCUUUGCAAAUAGAACUUAAAGUCCAUAAAAGAGCUUAGUCGGUAUUUUGAGAUAAUAACAACCAUAAAGGAACAAGGACGGUUAAGGAUGGAGAAGAUUAACACGGAUUACAAACGACGAACAUGAAAAAGUUUUAAGCCAAAUUUUUCAAGAUGUCGAAACCACGACGAAGUCCUUUUAUGAUAAUAGAGGACUUAGGAUUUGAGCACGAGGAGGAGAUCGGGUACCAGUACGACUUUUGAAUCCUAGUUUGCAGGCUCUAAAUUAUCACCUCACGCACUGAUUUCAACCCAUGAGUUACCUUCUCUACCUAAACCCAACAUAAAAAGCGAGGGCCGCCUGGAAACGCCACUGGUUUGAAAAUCAGAAAAUCGUAUUCGUACUCAAUCUGGUUCUCUUAGUUCAGUCUAAAAGUCACUAAUGUUUGCUUCUACACGUGAUAAGCUUCGGACCAAGAAAAUGUUGAUCAGUGAUUUUAGAAGAAAGACGUAUUUUGGCCUAUUUUCUUUCUCACGAUGCAAUUGAUAAAUGAACGCCGAGCUCAGUCUCAUUUUACUUUGUAUUAUCGUAAACUGACUUAUCAGUGUCAUGGAAACGUUUUCUGUCCUCGUAUUCAAUUGUCGAGGUCGGGAUAGACGAUAAGAAUAAAGAAAACCAUGAACUAUGAGAUGCUGUUUUGUGUUAGCAGUUAAUUCUCAGAACUAACUUUAAAUGAAAUUUAUAGCAGUCAGUAGGGAGAAUUUCCAUUCAGAUCGUAAGAUUUUUACUACUUUAGAAAACUAGAAUUACUCAAACGUUGCCUUUGAAUUAAUUUCACGAGGCAUAUAAAGAGGUUAACGAGGCAUAAAGCUUUGCGUUAACGAAGUUGCAAAGUGCUACAUUUUGUGACGUUUUACAUGAAUCAAAAAAAAAAUGCAAAGAAACCCUCGAGAUUGCUCUGGACGGACUGCAAGACACACACAAGCUAGAAUUGUCGAGGGUGAGGUUUGUAAUAUCUCGCGAAGCAAGGCCAGCAGCUGUCUUGAGAAUUUGGCUUUCAUGCGAAAACCGACUGCAGUAGUUCUUUGAAUUUGCAACCGGUAAGUGUAAGAAGUUAAUAAAACUGAUGUUUUUUCAACUGUUA